GGCUGCGCCAGACGAGCCAGACGAGCCAGAGAAAAAGGCUCGGUGCGCCGCGCGAGCCCUGUAAGGAAGUGCUCUGCUCCGCUGGCUCAGUCGUGUGUCUUGUGCGCCAGCGACGACGACGGCGAGGACGCUGGCGAGCAGUACCUAUACUGUAGAGAGUGUCUCCAGGGACACGAGUGCGCGCGAGUGUAUAUUAUAGAGUAGAGAGGGAUACGAGACUCUUAUUUACUCGGUUCGGUUGUCGUGCGUCGAAGGGUGGAUUUUCGACCGCGGCUUUUUCUUUUUCUACACACCUACGCACACGGUGACUGCGCCUCCUCGCUCACUCUCACGGGGACGAGAGAAUGACGGCGGGGACGAGAACGAAGAGAUAGAUGUGUCCAUCAGUCGAUUGAGAGAGGUCUUCUGCUAUACAGGCGGCCCGACGUCUUUUUUUGUAAAAUCGCAGUUUUUUUAUUCUCAUCGAUAGAGCACGGGAUAUAUGACUGUGUGCUGCUGAACUCUGUGAUGUUUUUAUAACUGUCAUGCUUUUCUAACAAAAAACCUCUCUCUCUCUCUCUCUCUCUCUCUCUCUCUCAUCAGUCUCUGUCUAUCUUCUGCUACCUAUUUCUUGUUUACUGGACUUCUAUACUGCAUAAAUGUACUCGCUUUCUCAGUUGCAAAUUCACAAAAACAAUUCCAACAACAUGAGGGACAUUUGGUUUCGGCAAAGAUGAGUUGUCAACGUAAUUCCAGUAGAAUUACAGUGCCAGAUGAUUUGAGGGAUAUACUUCUGGAAUUCACAAUCAGCUACCUCCUUGAGCAGCCCGGGGAUAUCAUUGACUACGCCGUGGAUUUCUUCACACGCCUUAGAGAGAAUAGGCAGAACCAGCUGCAGUCAAGCGGACAAACAUGUACUUCCACACCCGAUGAGUCUGUUGAAGAAGUGUACGUUGUAUUCCAUAAUCCAGAGUUCAUGGGAAAAAAUGGCUUGCUGUCUUUCAUCCUUUUGUAUUAGAAAACAUGGUGUUUUUCAGAAGUUAGUUUUUAUUACAGCAUCAAUCAAGUGAAUUGAAUUACUAAACAAGUAACUGAUCCCAUACAUUCUAAAAUCUCUGAAUAAAUAAUAAUCAACUUUAUGAAGUAAGUAUAUGAGUGUCUAAAGAAAGUAAAGUAGAAUAAUUCUAAUAACAGUACAACCUUAAGCAAUAACUUUCAUUACGUAUAAUUUAUGUGAAGUCACUGGUGCAGUGGAUAUAUAACAAUCAUAGCUGUGUCAUUGCUGCUUAAUGCACCAUUAAAGCAGCAUUGAAUUAUUAAUGCUAACAACUAUGAGUUGUCUAGCUAAAUCAUAAUUUCUUACGAUUUAGAACUUUGUUAUUAUUUAAGUAAACUAUUUUCAAGCACAGAGAUUGUAUUUUCAAAACAGUCUGUUUAAUUUUACAGUUGAAAAGACAGUUGAUUACUAUGUCAUGAUGUUCAAUCAAGAGCCCCCGGUCGGUAAGUUCGCUGCUGGUAGAAGGAAGAGCGUAUUUGCAGAAACCUACAACCCCGAGGAUGACGAGGAAGACGAGGGAGUCAAGAUUGUCCACCCGAAGAGCGAUGAGCAGCGACAAAGACUCGGCGAGAGCGUCAGAAAUAUUCUUCUUUUCCGUGCCCUAGAUAAGGAACAAAUGGCAGGUGUGCUGGAUGCGAUGUUCGAGAAGACUGUUCAGGCCGGAGAAUUCAUUAUCCGACAAGGCGACGAUGGAGACAAUUUCUACGUCAUCGAGAAAGGAAGAUUCGAGGUUUACGUCAAAGACACGUUGAUUCACACUUACGACAACAGCGGUGCUUUUGGCGAACUAGCUCUUUUAUAUAAUAUGCCUAGGGCUGCCACAGUCAAAGCCAUUAGUCCUGGCACUUUAUGGGCCAUGGACAGACAGACUUUCCGGCGCAUUCUGCUCAAGUCGGCUUACAAGAAGCGCAAAAUGUACGAGGAUCUCAUUAACAAGGUUCCGAUGCUCAAGUCGCUUGAGGCUUACGAGCGAAUGAAUCUAGCCGAUGCUCUUGUUCCAAAGCACUUCUCUGACGGCGAGCAAAUUAUUAAACAAGGUGAUAUAGCCGACGGUAUGUACUUCGUUGAACAGGGUGUAGUAAGAAUUACGAUUCUCGGAGAUAAAGGACAUGAAGUUGAGGUAAAUAGUAUACCGGCUGGUGGCUACUUGGGAGAGUUAGCACUCGUUACACAUAAACCUCGAGCGGCUUCCGCAUAUGCUGUAGGCACCGUGAAAUUGGCCUUCUUGGACGUAGAAGCAUUCGAGCGUCUUCUCGGGCCGUGCAUGGAGCUCAUGAAACGCAACAUAGAUGAUUACGAAGAUCAAUUAAUCAAAAUCUUUGGCAGUAAAACCGAAAUAUCCGACAUCCGAUGAAUCGAUGCGCGUGAUACAAUCCGUACAAUCGCUGUAUGAAAAAAUCAGAUUCCACAGCGAAGCACAAACUCUUACUAUCCGUUUGUGAAUCUUCAUCCACGUACUUUAAGAGUCUUUUUAAGACGAAGCUCUUAUGACUGUCCACUAGACAUUGUAUCAUUCGAUCAUUAGUAGCUGCAGCGUUUACACCUACUAUUAAUUAAUAUCCAAACGCAAACGAAAACAACACACAGUCCUUAAUACGUACGACACGCCAUGAGAAUAUUUAUAAAGACUGUAUUAGAUUGGAAAGUAUUACAGUUUUUGUAAGAUCGAAGCUUCGCACCGCGGAUAUAUACGUUUGGUUUCUUAUUAAGUUGUUAGUGCCAUUGUCAUUUUUGACUUAUUCUAAUACCUUUGUUGAUGCAAUCGAACUAUUGCCAUUUAAGAGAAAAGCAAACAAACAAAGAAGCUAAAAGGUAGACAAAUGAGCAAUUAUACUUUGAUUGAAAUCGGUGCUAAACUGUUCCAAGCAGACACGUCUAGCGUACCGCUGGCUUAUUUCAUACUAGAAGAGCCCAAAGGAACACUUGUUAUUGAAAGUAAGAUUUCUAAAAAAGAGAAUAACUAAUUGCCAUGUGUAAUCUAGAAAUAAACCAAAACAUUGAGUUCAUGGCAGGGCCAAAUCCAGUGAUAUAGCACUGAACAUAUCACUUCCCUGAUUCAUGCGUCUUUUUUCUCCUCCUUUUCUGUCUAUUACAUGUCUUUCUUGCAUUGUAUACCUCUCUUCAUCUUCAUAAACUCAUCGUAUCAUUGCGUUCUACGAACAAUAUUAGCGAUGCCCUUCGUAAUGUCUCAAGUUGUAAGGAAACCUCUUACUUUAAUAACUAGUCGUUAGCAGUAACUUAACACUUUCCCUUUGGCAUUGUUUCUUAUACAUCCCAUUAUCUCGAUCGAAUCUGUAAUCUUAAAGAUCACUGGAAUGGACAGUAUAAUCAUUCUGAAAAUUAGUGUAAAUGUCGAAGAAAAAAAACAAUACGCAGAAUUAAGGCCUCCUCAAUGAAAUUGUUAUUGUCAAUGUCAAGUAGAUAGAUAUCUCGAUUAGCAUUUGACUUUACAUUUUAAGAAAGAGAACGUUAACAUUCCUAUUUGGCAUAUUUCGAUGAUAGUAGAGGAUUAACAUGGCACGCAUGUUUAAAGAAAGCCACUAUUGUGAUUCUCUAUAUUUUUCUUCAAAUUUUUUUUUUUUUUUUUUUAGAUUAAUUGAUUGUCUUGCGUGGAGACAAUACGAGAUCUAUUCUAAACUGUAUUAACAGAAAAGGAAAUUUGAAUCUUCUCCGCAAGCCAGUGAUUGUUUGAGACUUUAUUUCUACCAGAUACUUUCAAUUAUUAUAUUUGUUAUCUAUAAUUGCUUACUGUUUCGCAAUUUGGGAGUAUAAUACUUAGCAAGACGACUUUUCGUUCAAACGGGAUAAGAGAUAGGUGAAUUACGUGAAGUCGUCUUGCGUCAUGAAAAUACAAUUAUAAACUUCUUAUAUUCGCAUUAAGUGUGGUUAAAGUUAAAGUGUAAGAUGAUUUCUUAAGAUAGAUAUGUCAUUAAUGUUUUAUCGUUUGAUCGAGAGAUAAUAGGAAACACCUUAGGUUUCUAUGUUAUUUAUAUUUAAAAAUGCAAAGAAUUUAUAUAUACGAGGCUAUAUACUUUUUAGUUGAUAUGCGAGAAAAAAAUACGAGAGAAACGGUAGAGCGACUUGUUGUUUGUCGAACCCUAUACACGAGUUUGACGUUUUUAAAGAUUUAUAUGAAGCAGAGAUGUGUGCGCAUUGCUGAGCCGUACAUUGAAUGGCGUCUCGUCUAGUACCUAUGGCAAACGCAUCAGGAAAUCGACUACUUUCGUUACUCACUGAAUAAAACUUCUUCACAUACUUACGUCUUUGGUCUACUUUCUUUCAAACGUCAUUCGCAUUUCUACAAUAAAUUUGUUAACUUUGCGUUACGGAAAACGAAAUCUGAAACGGCGAAUAAGCCUGUAACUAAAGAAGUCCAUUUCCGAGAGGCAUUAUUAUACUCGAGCGAAAAUAAAAGCCAAGACGUACUUUGCAUGAUUACACAACGCUUAUGCGAAAAUCGAGAGUCUCUCCAGCUUGAUUUCCUCAUCGCGGGGCGGGGACGUUGUAGGGAAUUGUAGGACAAUCAUUUCUGUUGUAUUAAUCAGCACGAAACAUUUUCACGUAUUUCAAUUGUUCUCGGGUUAUGAACUAAUAAAAUUGUAUUUUAUUUUAGAUAUAUUCGCAAUUUCGUUCUACAAGUUUCGUUUAUCUGUGACGUUGUUUACACAUGUUUUUUCUCUUUCUUUCCUUUCUUUUUUUUUUAUUUUUUAAAUACGACACCUGUUGGAAAAAGAAUCCAUAGUACGAUUUUGUUGAAACUACUUGAUUUAAAUGUCGGGUUUAGAAUACUUGUAUAAAUAUUGUGUUUGAUUUAAUUUUCUCUUUUUAACAUAACUAUGUAGAAGUUAAAUCAGACAAUCAUUAUAAUGACGUGUAUUCUAUUACAUACCGUCGACCAUCAGCUUUUUAAACAAAAUAGCACUAUGACUUCUUAACGCAAUUUUCAGUAGUAAAGUUGAAAAUCACAUUUGAAAAUCCUACACGUGUUGUUACAAUUCAUGUUUCUCAGCGCAAACGCCUUUUUUCAAGAUGUACUUAUUUACAUAUUUAUUACUACUUUUUAACUUGAUGGUUUUGAGCUUCUGAAAGAAAAUAAAUGUAAGUGCUAUCGAAAAACUUUCCAAGAAACGUAUUCUGCCAAAAACACUGAUUUCAUACGAUUCUAUUACGUGAUGGAUGUCCAUGUCCACUGAAUAAAAAACAAGUUGAACCAAAUGAGAAAUAAAGAACUUAAGUUUUACUUUAUAAUAUCUGUGGAACAAGUGUAACGAUACACACAACUUGAUUUUUAUAAGCUACGAAUAUUUUUUUUAUUAUUGCUAAACUUACGCCUGUAAAAUCAAAAUCUUACGAAUUUAUUAAACUACAUUUUGUAAGAAUGCAACACAUUCACGAGCGGUUUGCAAUAUUAUUAAGUAGUUAGAAAAAAGUUGUUGAAGUUAAUAGAAUUUUCGUUGAUCGUUUUCAAGCAGAUAAAUAUUGAUUCCUCAUUAAGAAUCCAAUGCACUAAUAAAUUAUAAAAUACAAACAGACGAUUAGAGUAACAAUAAGUCAAUAGCUGCACAAACAAGCAAGGAACUAUAAAGAGAAAUCCUAGUCAUUUUUUAUAGUGUACAUACGCUGGUGCUCUGAUUAAAAUGAAACAAAAUUCAACAAAUAAUGAAGACGUGCAGGAUUGGACAAAACGCAUACAAACCUAUGACAACUUAUGAUUUCGGAGAGAGAAUGACAACACUUUAACCAUUCAGCGGUACUCCAUCGCACACGUACACACACUUUAAUCUUAAAAUCUAAGCGAAGCCUUGAUCACUUCCGAAUUCCAAGAGUGAAAAACCAGUUGAGAGGGAGGAAUAUUUACGAGAAGAGGAUAAGACCGAUAUAGAAACGAGAAAAUAAAUAAAUCAUGAAGUGUUAUGAAAUUAAGUAUGGCGAUAGUAACAAAGGAAUGAACUCUUCUUCUUAAAAGAUAGGUGUCUGGCUAUGAUUAACUAAUAAUUAUAACUGCGAACGUUUGCGGAAACUAUGAAAGAGUGUAUAUUGUAUGUGUAUAUGUAAGAUCCGUUAAAAAAACAAACAAAUAAAAAAAAUUAUAAACAUCAACGUGAUUAUAAGUGUGAGAGCAAUAUACAAGAUUGUGUCGUAUAUAUUGAGGCGUGCGAGCGUUUGCGAAACUUUGAUUGUCUUCUUCGACCAUCUGCACAGUCAAUCGCAUGUUCACAAGCGCAGAGUUUCAUUCUCGAUAAAUCCCCUAUAAUUACAAGCGGUAGAAAGAAAGAACCACAUCAGCUAUUCGUUGCAAGAUACUUCCGAUUCUUUCUCGUCGCAUUUCCAGGGGUGUUUUUAUUCAUUUGCGAUAACGCGCUACUUUCGAUUGCACAAUAGACAAUCGACGAAGUUAUGUAUGAAAAUAAAAAUCAGCAAGUGUCGUACCGAACAGCGAGAAAAACGAUUUACUAUAAUAAAAAGUUUAAAACCACGUAAGGUUAUUUUCUGCAGUACUUUUUCUAUAGAUUUUUCUUGAUGUUCGGUAUGCUGGAAUAUUUUUAUAUGUAUUUUUCAUAUUUGGCUAUUGGCGCAAAGUGUGCGUUGUUGCGUUUUCGCUAAAUCAAGGAACACCGUCGGGAAGUGCAGACAAAAAUGAGUCAUAUGCGCUCACCCUACGCUUUCACCACAUAUUGUAUAAACGAUAAGCGAAUGGUGUUUUAAGACCCUUAUUUCGAUGUAAAUGCGUGUAAAUUAUGCAACGCUCGAAUCUGAUCGGGUGGGACCGAUGUAUUCGUUGAAAUCGCUCUAUUGUCAUUUGAUUUUUGCAUUCUUUUUCCAACGAUCUCUCUCAUGCUCAUGAAACGUUUGUCUUGUUGCGAGUUUAGUUUUCAAACUUCUCUUUUCGUUGCAUUAUAUAUGCCAGACGAAAAAAUAAAUAAGUAAAUCAACGUAACUUUAUGCAUGUACAUUUAUCGGGCUUUGGGUCUUCAAGGCAGGUUCAAGCCAAGAUUUUCUAAUAAAUGAUGACUGCACAGUGGAAUUUUUUCUACAAAACAAAUGAAAAGAAAAUGUACAAUUAUAAAUGUGUUUAGAACGUCAUUGGAUACAGAGACAAUUGCGCGUGAUAACGCAGCUCUAACGACUUAAGAAAAUAUUGUUGAGAAAAGAAAAAAUUUUUUCAUAUACCCAGUAUUAAGAAAUCGAUAAUUAAAGUAAUCUAAACAAGAUCGGAAAGAUAAUACGUGAAAAAUUUAACUCGAAGUUUCGGGUGAUAUUCUUAGUUUCUCACUCGGCGAACAAGACUAUCAAAUUUGUAAAACAAAAAAGAUCGAAUCCCGAGUGUAACACUUUCGCUGUAACUUGAAUCCAAUUUUUGUUCAAGACGUAUCUAUUAAGAAAUUAAAACUUAGCCUAUCCGAAUAAAAAUUAUAUACGAGUCGUAUAUACAUGUGUACAAUGAUGAAUAUGAUUUAUAUUGAUAAUUGUAAGAUGUACACAUAAUCAGAUAUAACUUUUGUGCUAUAUAUGCGGUAUGUGUAAUUAUAUAUUCAAUCAUUAUAUAAUUGUGUAUAUUUAUACGUAAACAAGUCUUUGUACAUUAUUUACGGGCGAUUCAUAUCCAAAAAAAUAAAUAUAAAAAAUGUGUAAAGCCAUUUCGAAUUUUUAUGUGUACAUAUGAUUUGUAUAUAAAUUUUAUUCUGAAGUCUAUAUUCCUCGAUUUCAAUGAAGAGAGCUCUGCAAAAAUAAGGGGACAAGGGGGGAUAAGGGGGAAAAAUAUAUAUAUAUAUAUCGUUACAAAAGUGUUCUUUCUGAUUGAUAAACUCUAUAUGAUCAUCCGAUAAACAAAGUGUCAAGAUCAUUUCGAAAUGAUUUUGUAUAAGUGUUUCUCUGAAACAAGGAUAUGAAUUAAAAAUUAAGUAUAAUAACUUAUAGAUAAAAGAAAAUGAAAGGAAUAAAGAUCAUACCCGCAUUACAAAAGAGAGAUGUUAAUGGACACAUGUGUUUACAUAUCGUAUGUUUAUUACGUUAUAAAGUGGAUUAAAAGAAAUACAAAAAAAAAUCGAAGAAAACAAAAAGACCGAGGCUCCCACACUGAGAAACUUCUGCGAAAACGAGCCACCCCUAUACAUAUAAUAUACACUAUAUAAUGUAUGUCGCCCAACAAACGUAUAUACCUAAACAUGCACAAUCCAUGUCAAGAAGGGAAUUGCGAUCGAGUCGAUCGAUCCGUCAAAUGUGAUGUUCUUUCCUCCUUGUUUCUCGUUCUCAAUGCAAACACACGCGGUACAUGUACAGAAUUCCUUCCAGUCGAGAGAUCGAUCGGUGCUGGUUAUCGUCCGAUCACCACACGUACAUACCUAUAUAUGCGCGCAAUGAAAAAUGCAAACGGACAGAUAGAAAAGAUUCGUCCAAAAUAGUCACUCGAUCUCGGGAGAUUGACGUUUGCGUAAGCAAAUGUCCUUUUUUAAUUCACACACAUACGCAGUCGCAUAAGUGGCUAUAGCAAAAAAAGGCACGUCCUUGUUUGGUCAUAAACGCUCGUUACUUUGCGUGAUGAUAAGUGUAUUGCUCUCGUUGGUAUGGCUGAUUGAUUAGGAAAGGAAUUAUUCGAGUUGGCUUUUUUAUAAUAUUUAAGAAUUAUUGAUUCGAUUAGCGAGCAGGAAUUUAAUGCGCAAUCCUGAAAUUGCACGUGUGCAUGUACGUAUUAUUGAGAAAUGCACUUAUCCUUCUUUGAUUAUGUAAUACACGUGUACUGAUAAUUUUUAAGUUGCUGCAUUGAUCUCAAUACAUCAAAAAUUUGAAGUCUUUCGAAUCGAUCAGCCCUGCUGAAAAGAGUCAAUGAAACCAUGACCUUAUUCACAAUUAGUUUACACUGGUACUCACUGUCGUGAAUCGAUCGAACAAUUGUAGUUUGCUUGAAUGAUUGUAUCGACCAUUAAACGUACACUUAUGAGAGCAAGUGAUAUGCCGUAGAGAAAACGAGAGAGUGAUAGAGAGUGCGCGCGCGAAAGAUCUUCUAAAAACAAUUAAAGUAUUGUAAAAGCCAAGUACUUAAAAUACUCCUCCGUUUUAGAAAGAUGUAAUUUCGUUAAACCCUGUGCGUCAUAUAAAUGAAUAAUGUCACAUAACAAGAAAAGUACGACUUAGGGAGUAAGCAAACUACUAUAAUGAGACUCGACUUUACAGCUGGUCUGAUAUCGGGUAUCAUCAUAUCGUUUGUUGAUCGCAGCGACCUUUGCGUUAGUGUUUUUUCUCGUCCACCAUCGUCCACACUUCCUUUGAACCCGCGAAAUAUUUCUCGUCGAUAAUUAUGACGAUAACAAAACAAAAAAGAAACAAGUAAAUAAAAAUAAAAAAUGCGCGAAGAAUAAGAAUCAUAUUUUAUGUUGAUUGUGUAGGCUCUCCGACUGUUUGUGAAAGCAAGUAUAAAAUUGCCAAUCGCUGAUGAUGAAUUAACUUCAUCGCUACUCGAAUAGGCUCAGAAGCUAUUAUAUAAUACGAUAUAAGUGCGCUCGCUUACAAUUGAUUUUUCGCGCCGCUACUACUUCUGCUUGAACUACAUAAUGUAUAUUUUUGUUUUACGGCUCAUCCAUUCAUGUUUCAAACUCGAUGUGUCUUCUCAAGGAUUUCACACGGCCGUCUCGAAUUCAUAACAUGAGCUGCGACCUUAUUCGAGAAGCGAGUAAUAAUGAAUAUAUAAUAUAAAUAGAUAGUGUAAUAAAAAUUAAUAUAUAAUAAAUGAAUGGACCCUACAAAAAACUUCAA